AUGAAGAAGUUUUGGGCAAUCGAUGACCAGUCCGUCGAAUCAAUACAUAGUGAUAACGAUUGCGAGCAACAUUUCCGUGAAACCGUCGAGCGUACCGCUGAUGACAGUUAUGUGGUACGGCUGCCAUUUCGUAAAGAGAUAAAUGCAUUGGGAAUAUCACGUCCGCAAGCCGAAAGGCGCUUCUAUCAAUUGGAACGGAGAUUGGAUCAGAACCCUGAAAUGAAAAAGCAACAGUUCAAUGACGAAGCUAAGAGUCGUUUUGAUGGAUCAUCCAAAAGUUCUUCGGGACACUCAUUAAACGACUUGAUGAUGAUUGGUCCUCCGGUACAGGACACCCUUUUCGAGAUAUUGUUACGAUUCCGGAUGCAUCAAUACGUCUUCACUGCUAAUGUGCCGAAAAUGUAUCGGCAGGUACGAGUGAGCAAUAACGACACCAAGUUUCAGAGAAUACUGUGGCGUGAUGAUCGAUCUAAACCAUUGCAAGAGAUCAAAUUAUUGACGGUGGCCUACGGAACGGUUGCCGCUCCGUUUCUUGUAACGCGAGUCUUAAACCAGUUAGCAGUAGACGAGCAAGAGAUUCAUCCAGAAGCAAGCAAGGUAUUGUUAAAAUGUGUGUACGUGGAUGAUGUACUUUCGGGUGCCGACACCAUCGAAAAGGCGAGGGAACUUCAGAAUGAAACGGAAGCACUACUUGCGAACACCCCCCUGAAAUGA